UAUUUUUCUGGCGCCUAAACUGGUUGUUUGACCUUUGUCAAGGUAACGGCACUGGCAAUUAUACGUGUUGCCUAAAUAAGAAUAAAAUGAAAAUCCGACAGAUAACUGUGGCUGUAACCUUCAAUAAAAAUAUUCGGAAAUGAUUAGGAACACAAGCCAAAAAACAACUCAUGUUCAUCAAUGCUUGCAUAUUUCUACAAACUACGUUGUAAAUUCCAUACCUCUAUUAAUUUUUGUGGACGAACUCGUCAAUUAUCUGAGUUACUAUAUGGAAUUCAUCCUGUUUUGUGUGCUCUUACAUUUCGUCAGCGUGAUAUUUACCGGUUGUACGUCAAAGACAUCUCAACCAAUUGCAAAGAUCCUGACAAUCUCGUAGAACUAUCUACAUCGCAAAUAGUUGAAAAAGCACUCAAAUAUGGUAUACCAGUAAUUCGAGUACCAGUCGAAAAACUCAAAGAAUUAAGUAAUUCAAGAGCCCAUCAAGGUGUGAUACUUGAAGUUUCUCCUACCACUGUACAACCUAUUUCAGAUUUGUCGAUUAAGAAUUUGAUGUUUUCUUGGAAUAAUUUAUCAGAAAGCUACUUACCAUAUAUGAAAAUACAUAAUAGACCUACUAUUCUUCUUUUGGAUCACAUAAUGGAUACUAUGAAUUUUGGCAGCAUAUUACGUUCAGCGGCAUUUUUCGGUAUAUCUGUGGUAAUACUGUCUACUUCUCCGUGUGUCAGUCCAUCACCCCUUAUCAGCAAACUUAGUGUUGGCGCAAUGGAAAGUAUCUUAUUUUAUAGACUAACUGAUACUGUAACAGAUAUGAAAUCAUUAUCAAAUGCUGGAUUUUUAAUAAUUGGUACUUGCGGGGAAAACCAACUAUCAAGUAAAGUCCCCAAAUAUACAAAUUUCCUUCAACCGAAUGAGGUAGGCGCCAAUACUGACAAUAACACUGGAAUUCAACCUAGACCUCUGAUACUAGCUCUGGGAAGUGAAUCACGUGGCCUCAGUGAAAGUGUUCUAAAUGCUUGCGAUUUAUUACUACGUAUACCAGGUUUUGGAGAUUCCAACAAGCUAAAUCAAUGUUUAUCACAAAGUAUCCCAUCAUCAUUAAAUGUGUCGGUUGCUGCUGGUAUCUUAUUAUAUCAAUUAACAAUGUAUCGACAUGGACACGAAGCUGCUAACAAGUCGUCUUUUAUUUCCCCAUACUGAAUAAAUCCUAUCUAAUCUAUGUAUGAGAUUGUUCACAGAACUUUAUGUAUAUAUAUUUAUCCUGUAUUUAUUUCAUUUUCACCUUUGUAGUAUACAUAACUAUUUUUAAUCAGCAAUCAUAUAUUUUUGUGACAGGUUACUAUUUUCAAAUAAACUGAUAUUUUCUA